AAAUUUUAUAGGCCGGACAAAAAAAAAUUUACAAGCCGGAUCGAUAAACCUUUGUUAUAAAUCUUCGUUGGCCACUCCACUACUCAGCUUAUAGAUUAGUCCGAUAAAAUUAAUAAAUUGAAUCGAUGUGCUUGCGUUUGAAUGUAAUGACAAUAUGCUAGUUCAUAAAAAUAGAUUAAACCAGCUGAAACAUAUUUACAAUGUUGGCACAGCGCUCCUUUUUAUUAGCAUAAUUAUUCCAUCGAUUUUUAUCACUAUAUUAUUAUCCAUCUCCCAUAUCUAUGCUGAGGAGAACGAUUUAAAAAAUAUAACCAAUUUUUACGAAAUUUUAAACGUUACACAAGACGCCACUAAACGAGACAUACGAAAAGCAUUCAAAAAAUUAGCAUUAGAAAAGCAUCCGGAUAAGAAUACGGGAAACGAGAAUGCACACGAAAUUUUUUUAAAAAUUAACAAGGCUUAUACGGUAUUGAGCGAUGAUGGCCAGAGAGAAAUCUAUGAUAGGGCCGGAGAAGCGGGAUUAAGUGAUAAUAACCAAGGUAACUACCAAUCUUACACUUUUUACUCUCAAAGCUUUGGCCUCUAUGAUGAUGACCCCUAUGUGCUUACACUUACGCUUUCAGACUACGAAACAUACGUUUCUUCGACAACAGAUGAUGCAGUGGUUUCAGGAAAUGGUGAACACUGGUUUAUCGACUUUUACUCUGCCAUGUGUUCGCAUUGUCGCGAAUUAGCUCCUGCUUGGAAGCAGCUAGCCGCCCGCUGGCAGGGUGUCAUUCACAUCGCUGCCGUCAAUUGUCUAGAAGAGUGGAACGUAUGUGUGCGCCAAGCCUUAACAUCAUACCCAACCCUCAUCCUUUUCCCAAAACGUGAACGCUUUCCUUCGUUUGCUUCAUCGAGUCUCCCCGACCUUCAUAGUUUUUUAGUAGAACAUGUUCCUCGGUAUUUCAUCGAUAUUGAAGAUUUAGAAUUUAACGAUAAUUCUUUAAAGGAAGGUCAACGAUCCUUCACUUUAUCCACUAUCAAGAAUGAUAAUGUCGACCUUUUCAAUCGUGUGUUGUCAAUGUUAACAAGUGUACAAAGUAGAGCCACUUAUUUAACGAGCAAUCUUUUAAUCCGGUCCGAAGAAGAUAGGACACCUUGCAUCAUUUUUUUUUGUGAAACAAGUCUCGAUAGAGAUGAUAUCAAAUGUCCAUCCGAUAUGAGUAUGAGGCGUUUUUCAAAAACAUUUUUCGGUUCAAUAAAUGUUUUAUAUUACAAAUGUUUACCCAAUAAACAUUUAGCUUGUGUAAGAGGAAAAUUUUCUACUUGGUAUUUUCCAUCAGGGUUAACGGAUUCUAAUAAUUUUGAGGGCUCUGCGAAAAUUACCCUAGAUUACACAUAUAAUAUAUUACACAUUUUGGAUCUUAUUUCUCCCGAUGCAAAUAUUCAUGUAGAAAAAUUAAGUGAUGAUGAAAACAUUGAUUUAGACAAUUUCCUUAAUACACAUUUAACCAAUUUUUUGUGGGGUCAAAUAUCAAACAUUGAAGUUAUAAAUGUUGAUAAAAUCCUCUCAAUUUUUAAUGGCUAUUUAGAUUCUAGUAAUAUUUAUAAUCCCAAAUUAAAGCAAGUUAAUAUAGAGUCUUUAAAUUCACCUUUAAUACUUAUAUGUCUGUUUAAACCACUCAAUAACUCCGAACUCAGUAUACCAAAUAAAAUUCAAAAUUUUUUAAAUCAACUUAAAAAAUUAAAGUUUAUUUUACGUGGGAUGCAUUUAAUAACAACGGACGGUAUUAAAUUUUUUAAUUGCUAUGAAAAUGAUGCUCACAUGAAUUAUUGCAAAAACGUUUUAGGAGUAACUCGUUCCCCUACCUCUUCAACUAUGUCAGUAAAUCAAAAACAUAUUGACGCGGUUAUAGUAUUAAUAAAAUCUUUAAUUCCUUUCAAUUCCGCUAGUAUAUCAUUUUCAUUUAAAUCAUGUUACCAUAUAUUCUAUGGGGAUAUAGAUAAACAUAUUGAAAAUUCCCAAUCAAAUAGCCUUAUAACUGCCUUGACGGCUUUUGUCAAAGACAGUUUGAUAAGUCCUGUAAUAUCCGUAAAACCAAGCGAUUUAAUCGGGUAUAAGGAAAAAAGUAUCCAAUCGGAUUAUAUUCAAUAUUGGAUUGUUGAUUAUUUUACACCAUGGUGCCCACCUUGUAUGCGACUUUUAUCAGAAUUAAAUAAAGCGUCAAGAUCCAAAUUUCCAGAACCAGCUAUUAAAAUCUUAUGGAUAUUCGCGUCUCUUGAUUGUGUAGAAUUUAAUUUAUUUUGUCAAGCUGAAAUGCAUAUAUACUCCUAUCCAUCUUUAAGAUUAUAUAAUUUUUCCAUGAUUGAUCCUUUGUUCACCGAAAAUCCUUUAAAUUUAGAAGGCUUUAAAGAUUCGGAAACUAUAAAAGAGUAUAUUGAAGAGAUUAUUGAGCCCUUACCAAUAAUUCUUUUGACACCAGAAAUAUAUCAAUAUUCAAUUUUGUCGCAAGAAAAUAACGCUUUAUGGUUUAUAUAUUUUGGGGCUAAAUGGUGCGGACCUUGUUUACAAUUUGAGCCUGUUUGGAAAAAAUUGUCAAAGGAAUUAAAAAAAUCUCAAAUCGGUACCAUGGAUUGUGGAGUUUACAAAGAUUAUUGUAGAGAAGUUAAUGUACGCACGUUUCCAAGAAUUCGCGUUUACCUUAACUUUUCAUACUUCAAUGAUUAUCCAGAUGACGCGUGGCGGGAUCUGACAUCGGUAAAAAAUUGGGCAACCAAGUAUAUUCCAAGUAAUAUAGUUAUCCUUACACCUGAAGCGAUUAUGGAUAUCGAAAAAAAUAUCUUACACAAGCAUGGCGACAGCAAGCCUUGGAUAAUAGAUUAUUAUACAAAUUGGUGUGGUCAUUGUUCAGCGUUUGCCCCAGAAUUCGAUGAAUUACAAAAUAGGAUGGGCAAAAUAUUAAAUUUUGGAAAAAUUGAUUGUGCCAUACAUGAAUUUUUUUGCCAAGAACAAAAUGUACCUCAUUAUCCAACUAUCAGAUUAUACUAUUCUCAAAAUUUUAAAGACUUGAAUUCGAUGACUGCCAAUGACCUUGAGUCCGAAAUUUUUAAAGAGUUUUCAGAAUUAACCAAAGAAUCUUCUAAUAAUUUUAAUAUAAAAACGGAAUUAUAAUCUCACAAAAAAUGCUCUUUAGUUCAAAUUUUCUUAUUAAUAAUUAUUAUCUUUUUCACAAUUUAAUAUAUCAAAUAAUUUAUCUAAUAAAUAUAAGUUAUAUAUUUUUGUGAUUAUAAUAUA